UCCAGCCAAACGCAAGUCAGUUUUGAAACGAGCGGCGUACAGAGUAGAGGUAGCCAGUUUUACACACUCCCGUCUCAGCAAGUGAAGAAGCAAAACUUAUUUUAAAAGCAAUCUUUCUUUAGUACAAGGCGAGCGAGCUCAUAUAGUUGUUAAACUGACUGGGAAGUUUUCGAACACUUUCUUCGGUAAGGAACAGCAACAGCAAACAAACAAACAAAAAACAGGCCCAACAAAACAAACACGUUCUACGCGCGGAAAUCGCGUAUUGACGAUCGUGUCGCGUAUUGUAGAAAUCGUUCUUCUGUUCUUCGCCGCCCACGCGCGCCUCCCGUUUAUCGAAACCCCCCGCUAACAUCGAGAAAAAAAGAAAAAAACACCGCACCACCAUCGAGGCGGACAGCGGCAGAGAGUUUGUUCUAGUUUUUGCAGUUUUGGUCAAAAAUUACUUGUGGAACAAACCGUGAAAUAUCCGAGAAAAAAAAAAAGAAUUAUCCUCGUCCGUGUGUUUGUGUGCCACAAAACAGCCACCACCAACAACAACAACAAAAAAGACAGUGUGUGAUUUCUGAUUUCUUUCUUUUUUUCUUUGCAGAAAAAAGAAGAAGAGUGCCUUGAUGUAAGAAAUAUAAAGAAGAAAGAGAAGAAGUUUUGAAAAAAAAAUUAUAAAGUUCGACCUGCCCGGGGCCAUAAGAAUAUAAAGUGCAAAGAAGAAAUAAAAGGUGUGAAGUGAGCAAAAGAAGAUCAAUAUUUGCCAGAGAGCAAAGUGCAUUUUCCGCGACGUUCGUCGAAAGUUCCAAAUUGAAAGAAGAGUGAGUGCGCUUGUCAGAAAGUCAGGGUUUGAUACCGAUAGCAGCACCAGCAGCAGCAAUAGUGCAUUGUAGUAGAAUAGAGUCGGUCGACACUGACAACAAGUUGCAGCAGCUUCAGAAAAGAGCAGAAGAUCGUCGGAACGGAACUGAACAUAAUAACGCAGCAGUAACCAACGAAGAGACACAGAGAGGAUGUCUACCGCGAUAAUGCACACCGGGGCGUUCUACGACUUUGGUGAUUUCACACUGAAGAAUCAAACUAACUCUAGGAGCACAGCGCAAAUAUCGAGCAAUGCCUCUAGCACCGGCAACAGCAAUAGUAGUUCACUGAUUAGUGGCAACAGUCACCACGCUACCAGCAGUCAGCUUCUCCAGCAAAACUACAACUUCCAGAACCAGCACCACCAGCAACAGCAGCAUAAUAACCAGCGACAGCAGCAGCAGCAUCAGCAACAACACCACAAUCACCAUCAACACCAGCAGCAACAUCAGCAACAGCAUCAGCAGCAGCAGCAGCACCAACAAACUGCCCGGCAACUGUUGAUUCACAAUGCGCUCACGCGAACCACAUCCCACCCGGUGGGUGGUGCCACAACGGCGGCAGUGCCCUCUGCGGCCGCCACGAUGGAAUCACUGAUGGAGCUGCUCCGGAUGUCGACCGCUGCCAGUAUGCUGGCCCAGUCCAGCCGGGCUGCGGCCGUUGUCGGAUCUUCGUCGGCUGCUACGGCAGCGGCUGGUGGUCUGGUGUCGCCAGGCUCCUCCAGUAGCGGUGGCAGUGGGGCAGGUGGCCACCGAAAGCUCGAGCGCACCCAGUCGGAACCACUGCCCCAGCAGGUCAAUACCUCAAGAUACAAAACCGAGCUGUGCCGACCAUUCGAGGAGGCGGGCGAGUGUAAGUACGGCGACAAGUGCCAGUUCGCGCACGGUAUGCACGAGCUGCGUAAUCUGCAGCGCCAUCCGAAGUACAAGACCGAGCUGUGCCGUACCUUCCACAGCGUGGGCUUCUGCCCGUACGGACCCCGGUGCCACUUUGUGCACAACGCAGAGGAGGCCCGCAAUCACAACCGCUCGGUGGCUGCGUACCACGCCCAGUUGGCUGCGGCUGCUGCAGCUUCGGCCGCGAACUCCGCUGGCCAUAGCCAGAGCGCGACGGCGAAUAGUGCAGCUGCCGCUGCAACCGCUGCGGCCAUCACGCACGCUCGGCUCCAGCAGACGGCUGCGGUGUUGAUCCAGCAGCAGCAACAGCAGCAGCAACAGCAGCAUCAACAGCAACAACAUCAGCAGCAACAUCAUCAGCUACCGCUGAGUCCGGCGCUGUCCAUGUCUACCGGUUCGGACCGUGCCUCUCCGAUCGGAUCGCUCUCGCUGUCGCCCACCACGUCGAUGGCAAGCUUCUUCCCCGAGCAGGGCAGCCCCACAUUCCCCCCGACUGGCCACGGCGGCCAGACGCAGAGUGCGUUCAAUUUCCCGGCCUCACCACCGGCCAGCCCCAUCGAUGGGGGCCUAUCGCCGAUGACCACUCCUCCGCCACCAUCGCCCUCGCUGGUGACCCUCAAGGGAGGAAACAUCCUUGACAACGACACCCGAUUGCCGGUGUUUAACCGACUCAGCUCCGCGGUGGAUGCGUUCUCCAACAUGAUGAUCUAAGGCGCGAUGAUUCGUGUCCGGAUGUGUGCGCAUUGUGCGUGGUGAUCGGUUUGUGCCGCCGGGCAGUGUAUGUGUAGAAUUGUCUCCGUUGGUUGAUCCUUUUCUGUACGCAAGCGCCAAAUACCCAAACACAAAACAGACAAGCACACAUACCCGGGGCCACCGAUUGUGUUUUUCUUCGUUUCACUCUGAACGCCGCGCACGCACGUGAAAGCUUUGUAAAAUAUAUCUUCCAAUCAAACACGCAAAAAAACGCACACAUCCCCGAAUCGCAGCAGCAGAAGAAGAAAGAAAGCUCUCAAGGUUCUUUCGUGAUUUUAUGAGGUUCUAAAGAGCGAAUGAUAUAAUAAUAAUUAUACACCGGCACAAAACAACAUAUUUAUGAAAAAAAAACAAUAGAAAAAGGAUGCUCUAACAUAAUUAAUUACUCCCCCUUAGCAUAAUCAAUCAUACGCAAAAAACAGGUAAAAUUUGCGCAUCAAUAUAUUUAUUUUUCGAAUGCAACUGAGCAACACGCACACAAGCAAACGCAUACCAUAUUAUAUAUACCCACAUAAGCGCGCAAAAAAAAGCACAGUAAUAAGCAAUAGAAAGGACGGGCGAAGAAAAACAAAUGCAAACGCACACAAAACACUUAUUUAAUUAUUUAUUUUUUAUAUUAAAUUUAGCAUUUUUUUCUGUUUUAAUUUAAAUCAAACACAAGCGCGCGCAACAAACGCACCAUUUAUUGCCUGCGUGGGCGAGCUUUGGUUCUAUUUGGAGUGUUUUUUUGUGUGCAGAUGAGUCGCGCUUAGGAGUUUUAUGGCUCACGCGAAAAGAUUAGCUUCCAGUGAAAGAUGAACACACGCACACACACACACACACUGACACAUUUCGAUUUCAAUCAAUCAAAAGCCCAAUCAAAUCAAAAAGUGAACGACAAUUUCUGAUCCUCCGCGUUUUGUGCUUCCACGGACGGAGAGUGUAAUCAUAUUAUUAUCAUUGUAAUAAUUAAUAUUAUUAUUAUUAUGGAGGGUAUCCUUUAUAUCAUUAUUUUUCUUUUAAUUUAUUUUAUUUAUUUUUUUCACUCUGCUUUAAUUACUUGUAUCUUGUAUCGCGCAAAGAAUGCGAUAGAAGCGAGAAGCGAAACACAAUCAAACAAACAAUGUAGUAGUUCUUCCCUUGAUUAAUUUAAAAAUUAAAACCACGAAAAUUUAUUUAACAAAGUGCGCACACGAACUGAAUUCGAUUGGAACAACAAACAAAAGAUAGGUUUUGUUUGGUUUUUUUUUUUUGAGGACGACUUGCUUUGCUUUGAGAGAUAGAUAGAAAGAGAGUUACGAUUACGGUUCAGUUCUUUGUAUAAUUUAUAAUUAUUUAUAUUUUGAACCAGCGAAAAAACAAACAUUAAUUAAAAAUCAUUUAUUUAAAAUGUUCGCUUUAGUUUUGUUUAUAUGUAUACCUCUAGCUUAUACCUAGCUAACUAUUGGUCACACCAGAUAGUGCCUUAUCUAGAAUACUGCUCUCGUGAAACAAAAAUGUGAGAGAAUGGGAGAUCAAAACCAAGUAGGCUUCGUACAAACACAUCGGAUCGACCGCAGCGAAGGGGACCGAGGGGCGGCAGGCUGAGACGUUUUUUUGCGUUGUUUUUUUUUUACUUUAUACAUUUAUAAAUAUAUCAAGUCAUGUACAGAUUUAUAGGGUUUGUGGUGGGAGAGGAGCGAGAAAUGAGCACGAAAAAAAACGGCGAAGCCUGUCGCGGUCGAGUGCUCAGCGAGGAAGCCUACUUCGAUCGUUGAAAUCUUCCAUUCGCGCGCUGCACAGUGAUGGCGAAAAUAAUAAAUACGCUGAUAGUGUUAGUUAUUUUUUCAUGUUUGCGUACUGUUUUUAGUUGUCGGAUGCUGUGAUAUUUCGUCAAAACGAACUGCGGAAACUGUAUUCAAUAGGGGAACGGAGACAUAAUCGGAAUUUAUCAGUGUUAGUGAUUCCGGAAGUUUUUUUUUUGCUGCAACUAGUGUUUUACAGGUGGCGAAAAAAUAAAUACACUACUAAAAAAUUUUUUUUAAACAAAUGGGUGGGUCAUAUCUAUGAUAUAACCGCAAGGUUGACGUAGGAUUACCGUUGACUUAGUAAUCUUUUGUUUGGAUUGAUUAAAUUAUUGAUUGAAUGAGUGUUGUUUUCGUACUCACUUCUGUAGUCCAUGUUAGUAGAACACAUUCAGAAGUAUCCCUGGCUUGCAUGAUAUAGAGUCUUCAAACUUGAAAUUUCAUGCCCCUUCAGUAUCUGUAAUGACGAUUUUCCCAAGUUUCUCGGUUUUGUAGUCCGUGCUGGGUGCACCCGUGGCCGAGUGGUUAGCGUCUCACAUUAUCAUGCCGGGUGUUCGGGUUCGAUUCCCGUUCUGGUCGGGGGAUUUUUCGUCAAAGAAAUUUCAUUCGACUUGCACUGUGGUCACGCGUAUUCUAGAGCUUGCCACUCCAGAAUACAUUCAAAGCGUGGUUUUUGGCAUUGAAAUCUCAACUAAUUACUACUAUAACGCAAAUAAUAAUGAGAAGGCCAAAGUUCCACUGGGAACGUUAGUGCCUUCCAAGAAGAAUAUUCCGGGUAGACGAAGUCCUAAGUCAAAAAUCAACCAAACAUUAUUUCUGUGCACAUCAAUACAAAAGUUACAUUUUACGCAUAUAUACCACGCAUAGCAUACCACGCUGCCAGUACGACGUUUCAUAAGUUUAUUUUAUUCUUCGGAUGAUGUUUUGCAACCUCGAUCUUCACAAUCUUCCAUAGAUUUUCUAUGGGGUUUAAACCUGGAGACUGUGCUGACCAAUCCAACACUUUUAUAUUUUCGUUUGCAACCCUGCGAAAAUGUGCGAGAGAAUGAUAAUUUUCACCGUAUUUAUUUGAAUUACCACCGCAAACAUGUAUGUUCACGUCAUGUUGGCUACAACACACUGAAACAAAAUGGAGACGCGUGUAUCAGACGUGAUGCCGUGCGCGUACAGCCUGUAUUUAUUAUUUUCCCCAUCACUGUAUUCUGUUUUGUACAUUUGUCUUUGAUUUUUCCCUUUGAACUACUAAAAAUUAAUCUGCGUGUAAGCGUAAUUAUAUAUAUAUAUAUAUGAAUAUGUAGAAAAAUAUAAAUAAGUCGCGUGUGGUAUGUUUUAUACAAAGAAAAUUCUGAUUCGCAAACGCACGUAAAUAUGAUAUAAAGAAAAAAACAAACCCUUAGCGAUGUAAGGCAAUACUUCCAACGAUACUUCCAAUUAUAUGUUAAAAAGAGAAAGAACUGUGUAUAAAAAAAUGAUAUGAGUUUCAAACACAUGAAGACAAUUUUUGGGGCUGUCCCUUCUUCGCUGCUUCGGUGAACCCCUCGGCGCUGCCGCGAUAGAACCCAUUCGCCGCCACAGCCCCGCCCCCGUCAGAGCAUCGAGCCAUCGAGUUUAUUUUCUUAUUUGUGAUGAUAGAUUUUAACCUAAGCCUACUGCCAUCUGUGUUACUAGAAAGACAUGAUAGCGAACGUCAAGCGAGCAAGCGAGCGAACGAUAAAAGACAACCAAUCUAAGCAAGCUGUGCGCGGGGGGAAGGCCUCGGAGAAUGGGUUAACGACGGGUCGCGCGAUGAUCGAUGCGAAACGUCCGCCGAGGAACGGUUCAGCAGCCGCGGGGUGGGGGUGCGCUCCUGGAUAUUUGCUUUAAUUCCCCUUGUGAGGUUAGAAUGUAAGAGAGAGAAAGAGUUAAAACUAUAUUUUAUUGAAGAGCCUAAAAAACACUCAGAAAAUCUUCCAUUAGAUUUAAGACAAAUAUUGAUUAUUAUCGGUCGCGACAAUUCAGCGCGAACGCAAACAUUUAUUAUUAUACAAAUCGUCAAAUUGAUCCCCCACACACAACACAACAACAAUUGAGGGAGAAAGAAAGUGAAAAAAGGGGCCGUAGAAAAGGACCUAUUCGAAUCGAGUCGCCGAGCAAAAUGCGCAAACACAAACCACUCUCUUCUUCUGUAAUAAAGAUUUUCUUGUGAUUUUUACAUUAGUAAGCCAACGAAACACAUAAAUAAAAGUUCUAGUUUCUUAAUAAACAAAAAGUAGUGUUUUCUUCAUAUUCGUCGUCGUCUCUAGGUUUAUCGCGUCACCGGGAAAUUCCUGUGCAUGCGUUAGUCAUAGGCGCUACUCUACGUCUUAUUAUUUAUAUGAUAAUCUCUGGUGAAACGGCAAAAAAGGGCAAGAAAAAAAAAGAUCUCUCAACUUUUUUUCUACUUAUUUAUUGCAUUUUUUUACAAUAUAUUCGCCUAACUUAUUUAAGUUAUACGUAAACGAUAAGUAUAUCCCCCUCCUCCUUAGUCCGCCUUUUUGUUCGACAGUCCUCCCACGGCAACAGACAAAACAAAGAUAUUUAAAUUUCCGUGUCACUCCCCCCUCCCUCCUUUGAAAAAAAAACCCCAA